AUGGAGGCGAGCUUCCCUGGCGGCCGCGGCGACCUGCAGGCAAAGGGACUAGGACAACGUCGCCGCGGCGGCCCCGGGGGCAAGAGCGGCAAGCGGCGCUGCGUCGGCGGCCUUGCCGCCGCCGCGGCUGAGGCCUCCAAGGCCCGGCGCGAGAAGGAGGCGGAGCACGCGCAGGCCGUGCUCGCGCGCUACGACUCUGACGAGGCCUUCCGCAACCUCUACGACGGCGUCGCCGACCUCUUCGCCGGGCUGCUCAAGUCGGACCAGGAGCACCUGCACGCGGGCGACACGGCCAAGAUCGUGUUCGCCGCCAAGUGGUGCCCGUCGCCGCGCUCGUCGUACGACCGCGCGACGCUGCUCUGCGAGGCCAUCGCGCGCCGGGUCUUCCCGCGCGACUCGAGCCCCGAGUACCUCGCUAUCCCCGACAAGCACUACGCCUACCGCGUCCGCAACCGGCUCCGCCGCGAGGUGCAGGUGCCGCUCCGCAAGGUGCUCGAGCUCCCCGAGGUCUACAUGAGCGCCGGCAAGUGGGACGAGCUGCCCUGCGCGCGCGCUUGGCGUCCACGGCCAUGCGCCAGUACAAGAGGCGUCCUGGCUGUGCUUCUUUCUUCUGGUCCAUGGACAUUGUCAUAAUGGUCACCUUAUCGCAGUGUAUUAUUUUUGGAUCUCAUAUUCCUCAAGGCGCGCCAUCCUCUGAUUCGAUGUCGGCCGAUCUGAGAAAUAAGAGGAGGAAUAAUCCAGCAGAAGAAUUUGGUGAAGAAGAACAAG